AUGGAACAGUUUAACUCAAACACCGAUUCAUCAGCAGUGUCAGACACCAGUGCCAUGCAGGACAUUCAGUCAGAUGAUGUCUCAAGCCAAACAGUUGUUAGCUAUCGUCACCGACAACUUGUCGAAGACGCCAGGGUUGUUCAGUCCAACAAUCCACAUGGUGUAUUUUCAUCGGCUAUUUGGCGCUUGCCCAAGGAAAUCCUCGCUGAAAUUUUCCUGUACUGCAUGCCAGUAUACGAAAUCAGUACGCCCUCACCACAUGUGGCCCCCCUGCUCUUGACAAGAGUAUGUAAACGAUGGCGGGAGAUUGCUUUGGACAUGCCGAAUCUAUGGUGCAGGCUGCGAUUGGAAGUCGGGCCCAGUAACUGGCUAGAGAAAGCUGUCAACUCCUAUGACUUCUACCUCAAGCAACCGCGAGGACCUAAGCUGUCGUUGUUACUCGAUGGUGUUAACCAUACUAACUGUUUGGAGCUAGAAAGCCUGCUCCGUGCCGACUCCUUGGCGAUAGCAGACGUUCGCGGAAUUUCGGAGCUGCUUAUAUGGGCGAACGGUGAUGUUCCUACAGAUAUUAUGCGCUAUAUCGCGCAAUUGCCGCCCAGCAUGCGUAGUCUCUGUCUAAAUGUCUUGUUUCACCUUGCGCUAUUACCUGGCGUCAACUCUCUCGGAUGGGCCAGUCUCACAAAUAUCGAGAUCGAAAUAGAAGGCCUAGAUUGCUUCGUCCGCCUACUUCAACUGUGUCCCAACCUAUCGUCUUUGACGAUGACUGGAUGGUUCACGAGGAUUGAGACCCCGGAAGCAUUCGUGCACCCCAAACUUCAAUACUUACGCUUAUCCGCGCAAUCGGAUUAUUUGGAUGUGGACAUCGUAGAUUUUGGCUUAUUCAACGCCAUCACGCUUCCCAAUCUACGCGGAAUCGAAGUUCGCAAGAUAGGCCCAUGGCCUCACGAAGAAUUCAAGGCGUUCUUGACACGGUCACAGUGUCCUCUGAAGUCCCUGAUCUUUGGCGGUGGAGUGAUGAUCACGGAUCGACAGUUGGCAGAAUACGCUACACUUUUUCCUUCCCUUUACUUAGUGAAAGAUCCUACGCGGAGUUCCAGAACCUACUAUGGUACUCCUAUACAUAGAUGA